AUGGAAAAAGCUAAGCAAGCAAAACUGAACAGAGGGGAUACAGUCCAAGACAAAAAUGUAAAAGAAGCCAAAAGCAAGUGUCGAACAAUUGCAUCUCUUCUGACUGAUGCUCCCAAUCCACAUUCAAAGGGGGUACUAAUGUUUAAAAAAAGACGCCAGCGCUCAAAAAAAUACACCUUAACAAGCUUUGGCAGCGUUGAUGAAGAUCGUUAUCUGGACUCACAAGAGGAGUCUGAGUUUGAUGAAGAUGGUUUCUCCUCAGUUCCUGAUCCAACUUGGGACAGUGACUACAUGGAUAUGUUGGAGAAAAGGGCCACCGCAGGAACAGGAGGUCGUGGAGAUGGGGCAGAAGAUGCUCCGAGUCCAGGAUUGAGUGACACCACAGGAAAGGGUGCACAACUGUUUGAGCAGCAGAGGAAGAGAGCUGUUGAGCAUGCCAAGAAAAUAGAGGCAGCAAAUCUACAAGUAUCUCCUCAGCCGCAUGCACAGGAGCAGUCAGAAAUGAACCAGAUGGGUUCAAUUAUGCCUCCACAAAUGCAACAUCUUCAACCACAACCAAUCACGUCAUCUGGGCUUCAGCACAUGCCACCUGCCUCUCCGACUAAAACGUCAGCGUAUGCUGCAGGAAGUAACAUGCCGUCUCCAACUGUAGCACCAAAACCAAGCAUAGCUGAUAUAACUGUUCUUGGUAUGACUGAGCCUUCCAGUGAAACCCUGUCAUCAGAAUCUGCAGGUAGUGUGCUGAACCGAACAGCCCGUCCAUUUACACCUGGAUUCAUCAGCAUCCGAUCCUCAACUGCCCCUGUACCUUUUCGGCCACCUGUCACAAAGACAAGCCAGAGGCCAGCCUCAGCUGCUGUGAUGGCUCAUUUUCCAACUACUGCUGAGGCAGCAGUUCCCCACCUUCCUCCUGUCCAGUUGACUGCACCUGUGGCACAGGUGGCUGUGGUGUCACAGCCGGAACAAGUUCCACCUACUCCUAUUCCUGGAUCUAUGGGACGCACUGGGAUUUUACUGGAUUCAUUGCGGCGUGGCGGAUUACAACAAAUACCCGAAGCCAUGCCUCAGGGAACACCUGCUCCCCUUGCCAAAAGGAAAAAGCCUUCGAGCUCAAAGAUCAUUACUGAUUUGUCACAUGUUGCUCAGCAUGAACCAGAACCAGAGGCCUCUGAGUUGGACCUGGGUAUUAAGGUCAGAACUCCCAAGGAUAUCAUGUUGGAGGAGCUUUCCCUCGAUAAAAAUCGAGGUUCCAAGAUGUUCAGGAUGAGACAGCAGAGAGUGGAAAGGUUCAUUUAUGAGAACAACCCUGACAUCUUCACGAGUGAGUCCAUGGACAACUUGCAGAAGUUUGUUGGAGGGCAGUUUGGUGGACAAAUGAUGAAUACUGGAGGGCAGCUUAUCAGUCAUCAGGCUGGGACAAUCAAUCUGGGAAAUCUGCAGUUUGGAGACAGUGCCCCUGUGCCCCCACCGAAACCUGGAAGCAAAAGAGCAGGAGGAGAAGGAGGUGUGGGAGGAGUGGGAGGAGUAGGAGGAGCAGGUGGUGCCGGUGGUGCCGGUGGUGAACAUGGGAAAGGCGGUGAAGAGAUAAGUGAGUGGUCUCCACUGAAAGGUGGUGGAAGAGAUGAGAAGAAGCAUGUUCUACUUAUGAAAACAUAUGUGUCUCCGUGGGAGAAGGCAAUGAAAGGUGACGAAAAUCUCAUUGCCACACUCAAACCUGAUAUGCCUGGGCCUGUUCAAUUUAAGGCCCCCCCCAAGUACAGAAGCUUUAAUAGGAGUGCAAUGCCUUUUGGUGGGUUUGAGAAAGCCAAUCAGUUUUUGAAAUUCCAACUGCCAGAUGCAGAGGCGACCAAACAAGAGCCCGAGCCUCCAGUGGUGUACCAGCAAGACAUCGGCUGUCGGCCAUCUUUCAACCGCACUCCUAUUGGCUGGCCAGAGUGGCCUAUAUGCGUUUACAGGUUAAUUUUGUCAAAUGACCUCAAAAUCAAGUUGCACAUAUUUUCCAAAGACCAUGAGGUAAGCUUGAGAAAGGAUUUCCAACUGGAGCAUGGUUUUUUACAAACAUUUAGGGACCCCAAUGACUUUGAGUGGACGUUUUGGAAUUAUUGGGCAAAGAAUUAUUUACUGUAUAGUUUCUUUGGCCAUGGGAUUAUCACAAUAAUAACAAGCCUUAUAUUUCCCAAGUUUAAAGUGCCAUUAUCUGCACUGUAUGGGUUCAUUGUUGCCAGCACGAAGACCUUCAUUGUGUUGGGCCUCAAACCUACUACUGCUGUUAACUCUUCAUUUUCAGCCAUUGCAAGAUGUCCAGAGAGGCUGGUAUGA